GCGUGGCCACUGCCGGGCGGGCGCGGGGGACGCGCGGGGCCGGGCAGCCGCGGUCAUGGCGGCCGGAGGCGCCGGCGCCGCGCGCUCGGCGCCGGAGCCCGUGCCCGAGGCGCCGCUGCAGUACAGCGUGCUCCUGCAGCACCUGGUGGGCGACCAGCGGCAGCCGCGGCUGCUGGAGCCCGGCCGCCUGGGCGGCAUCCCCAGCCCGGUCAAGAGCGAGGAGCAGAAGAUGGUGGAGAGGGCCAUGGAGAGCUGCGCCUUCAAGGCCGCGCUGGCCUGUGUGGGAGGAUUUGUCUUGGGAGGUGCAUUUGGGGUGUUCACUGCCGGCAUUGAUACCAACGUGGGCUUUGACCCCAAGGACCCUUACCGGACGCCAACAGCAAAGGAAGUCCUUAAAGACAUGGGACAGAGAGGCGUGUCCUACGCCAAGAAUUUCGCCAUCGUGGGGGCCAUGUUCUCUUGCACUGAGUGUUUGGUAGAAUCUUAUCGGGGGAAGUCGGACUGGAAGAACAGUGUCAUUAGUGGCUGCAUCACUGGCGGGGCCAUUGGUUUUAGAGCUGGCCUCAAGGCGGGUGUCAUCGGCUGUGGCGGUUUCUCUGCUUUCUCUGCUGCCAUCGAUUAUUACCUCCGGUGAGAGUCAUUCUCCCCAAGAAGACCCCCUGCUCAGACCCUGGAGCUGGAGUGUGGAUGUGGGGGGCAGUUUCUGCACCACUCCUGUACUCCUUUGGGUUCUGUGGACAUUUCUUUCUGGUGUUGGUGUGGUGAGGGGGUCCUCCAGCCUCGGAGAACCCCCUUCUCUUUGUGCCUUGGCGGCGGGGUGGGUCUGGAGGGGGCUCUCCCACUUCCCUGAAGGAACUGAGCUCCGCAGCUGGCCACGGGUGGGAACAGGUGACGUUGCUUCCACCUGGCAGCUCUGUCGUUGGCCCUCCCAUGUGGUAGGGCAGGUGAGUGAAGUAAAUGAUGUGGGCCAG